CGACCACCUUCGCUACACCGAAGGCGCAGUCUGUCAUCUCUCCCGUCGUGUCAACUACUGGACGUCACGAGUGUGUAUCGCAGAAGCACAGCUAUAAUAUUGCGCGCACGUGGGUGACCAACAGAGUGGUCAACAGGUUGGAACUGGCUUCGAGAACUUCAAAUCUGUUGAACCAUGGCCGAUGCAGAGGCCGGAUGUGUGCCUGAGAUCUCCAAGAGGCUGCAAGUGGGGUGGACGCUGCUGAAUCAGCACUGUCCGAUGCCGAAUUGUGGCACACCGCUUCUCAGAGACCACAAAAAGAAGGUCUACUGCGCGAAGUGCAAGAUGUACUGCAUCACACCCGAGGAAGCGAGGUCUCUCGGGGCCCCGACCUGCGCCUCUCCCGCGGGACCAGGCGAGGGAAUGGCAACCAAGUCCCAGGAUGCCCUUGGUUCAGACGCUGCUACCACAGGCACGGUUGGAGGAUUAUCCAGAGGCCAAGAGCGGCAACAGCCGCCGCCGGCACCGGGGUCGACGAAGCAACAGUCUCGGGCUGCAGCAGAAGCGGCCAUGGGCGAGAAGCUGCUGCAAGGGUGGACAAUGCUCGCAGAUGAGUGUCACACUGCUGGCUGCUGCUUCCCGCUCAUGCGCGAUAGAGGGAGGGUCACGAGGUGUGUGGCCUGCGACGGUAUUGCCACCGCUGCAGCGAAGGAUGGUCUCGACUACGGUCUUGCUGCUGGUCAAUUCGAAGGCCUUACUUCAACGGCCGCCCCCGCCUCGACUGUCAGCGCACCAAAGCCCCCGGCGGACAGCAGCAGCAGCAGCAGCAGCACGGCCGCAAGAACGGAACCAGUGAUGUCUGAGGAACAGUUCGCGGCCGUGAGGAAGAAGCGAGACGCGCUCAGCGUCUCCCUUGGCCGCUACAUGCUCCAGGGCUGGUCUCUUUCGGACAAAACGUGCCCCCGCGAGGGCUGCGAGCCUGGCACGCCCUUGCUCAAAGAUCGGAGCACCGGGGUGUUCUACUGCGCUGGUUGCGACACUCGUGGUACGUGCGAAGGGGAGGCUGGGGGCUUGGUUGACGAGUCAAGCACGGAUUCUGGUGCAAUGGCGAGGUUGCCGUUGAAGCGGGAUAGCUCUGGGGAGAGGAGCCGGGGUCCUCCUCGCGUGGACGAGGACGGGCCCGGGUUGCCUAACCCUAGCUCGGCCAAGACAAAGACACCAGAGGUGGAAAGCGAGUACGAGGUGGCGGAGAGAGCCCGCCUUCGCAAGCAAGCGGCAAGGGAACAGAGCAGCGAUGGCGUCUCGAGUGCCACGCUGGCACAGCGAUUGCUACAGGGGUGGGCCAUGCUGAGCACGACGUGCCCCGUACCGGAGUGCCACAACCCGCUCAUGCGCGACAGGACCGGGAGAGAGCAGUGCGUCAGCUGCAGGAGAGGCAGUGCGCCUGCUGCUGCCUGGAAGCAGGGAACAGCAGCAGCAGUAGCAGCGGCAGCGGCAGUGCCUGUCCAGGCGGCGGGAGACUUUGCCGGCGAAAAGGAGACGGAGAACGACGACGAGGAGGACGAAGCGAUGAUGGGUGACGGGGUGGAGAGGAUCUACUCCGAGCGGCGCAUGGCCGAAGUUCUCGCCGCCCCCGCUGCCUCCACCCUCCCCGCUGCUGCCGCCGCACCCGCGGAGACGUCGCGGGCGACAACCGUGCGGGCGGAUGGCAUCCCGCUCGACCCCUCGCGUGUGAAGGACCAAGCGCUUGACACCCUGUACAGGGCCCUUGACCUGUCGCAGCAGCGGCUCCGCGCGGGCUUCUCUCCGUCCCCCCUCGAGUCGUCUGUCGGUGUGGACGAGAGCAUGCGCCAGGCGGAUCUUAUUGCCAAGCUAGCCGUCGCAGCUCGCGCGGUCCUAGAUUUACCGAGUGAGACUUAGUCUUGGUACGGGAAAGGUUGAGUUGAGGCGUAAAAUGCGAUGAAGGAUAGGCCAGGGUUAGGAUCACAGUAUCGCUAUGGUUGCAUUUGGGUCCCGCCCAGAUCGGUAGAUGCAGAAGGAUGCUUUCAUGCGUUCACGGAUGGUUCAGCCCUGUUUGUCGAAAAGCGACAAUUGUUUGUGGGUUGGUUCUCGUCCAACCAUCGGGAUUGGCACCGACGUGGUGUUAUGUUGGCAUCGACCUGUUUUAGUGGGACACUGGCGUGUGUCCUUCCUGGGAGGUCAACUAGACUGUCGGUUUGGCGGUGGAACCUAUCAAGAGGGACUUUUGUGAGUCCGUUCGAUGUCGUGAUAGCCGUCCUUGUUGCGAGACAGCUCAGACACGGCUUUGCCUCUGGGUGCCAGAUCCUUAAAUCUUUUGGUCAGUGUUGGUCUCCAUGAGACGCCGCUGGUAGAACGCAGAUCAUGCCCUUUUCACGUCAGAACACUGUCGUUGCGUGCACUUUGAUCCUGACGGCUCUCUUAACGCCUUGCAAUAACAGCUUCAAUCUAUUUCUGCACCC